AUGUAUAGUCUGAAGACGUGGAUUCCAGCCAGUGACAUGAGGCCACUGAUUCAUGACAGGGAUCCCAAAAGAGUCAACAAGAGUCUUAAGGUCAUGUUUGAGGAUGUGAUUGCAGAGCCUCCCUCAGUGCGGAGCUUUGAUAAAGUGUGGCUGUGGAGUCACGCCCUGUUUGAAGCGUCCAGACUGUGCUACUGAUUCAUCUCCCUCCUGCUGGCAGAACCGGUCUCACUGGCAGCAGGGCUCCUCUUUGCUUUGCUCAGCUUCCUUCACAUCUGGCUGAUCAUGCCCUGUGUGCAGCUCCCUCUCAUCAACAUGCACUGAGUCCAGACGGUGUGGGGCAGCAUACUGAACAUUCUCAUCAGCCCCUUCUUUACCAGCAAUGGAAAGCGCUGUGGUCGUAUCACCAUCCAUCUGGCAAAAGAUGAAAAUGUUGGUGUGCGAUGCAUAGAGUAA